AUGGCUUCGAUUCUCCGCCAGAUCGUUGCCGGUCCAAGACUACAGCAUCCAGAAGCGAAUCUCGAUCUAUGCUAUGUGACAGAUAAUAUUAUCGCCACCUCCGGCCCUUCAGGAACCUACCCCCAACGCGCCUACCGCAACCCUCUCGACGCCCUAGUCAAUUUCCUCGACUCCAAACAUGGCUCAAACUGGUGUAUCUGGGAGUUCCGCGCUGAGGGAACUGGCUACCCAGAUUCAGAGGUCUACAACCGCAUCCACCAUUUUCCCUGGCCAGAUCAUCAUCCACCUCCCUUCGCUCAUAUUCCGAAUAUAAUGGGUAGCAUGAGAAACUGGCUACACCGACUCGACGAUACCAAAGAAACAGAUCAAGAUGAUAAGGGAGAAAGAGUCAUCGUAGUACAUUGCAAAGCCGGCAAGGGACGCAGUGGGACCAUCGCCACCUCUUACUUGAUUAGUCAAAAGGGCUGGAAAAAGGAAGACGCGCUACAACGAUUCACCGAACGGCGUAUGCGUGUUGGAUUUGGUGCUGGUGUUAGUAUCCCAAGUCAACUACGAUAUGUCGGAUACGUCGACCGGUGGACGAAUCAGCUACAGAAAGAGUAUGUGGAGCGACCGGUUGAGAUCCUGGAGGUACAUAUCUGGGGCUUAAAAGAUGGAGUGAAGGUAGCGGUAGAGGGAUAUGAGGAUGAAGGAAAGAAGAUCAAGCUCAUUCACAUAUUUCAUCGACGAGAGCGAACGGUUAUCGAUUCCGGGGAUUCAACAACAUCACCUUUGGAAGACCAGCAACAGAGUAACCUAUCUACGACGUUGGUGCCCUCACCAAUGGACUCACAAUCUGACCUAUCAUCCUCUGAUCUCACGAGAAAGUCAGCUGCUCCACGUACAUUAUCUGCAGUGAUAUUCCGACCCGAGAACCCGGUCAUCGUGCCAGGCUCAGAUGUGAAUAUCGAUUUCGAGCGACGCAGCAAAGCAUCAUAUACAGGAUUUACUAUGGUGACAUCCGUUGCACAUGUAUGGUUUAAUGCAUUCUUUGAAGGCGGACACGAGAACGACUCAGGAAUCUUUGAGACGGAGUGGGAAGCUAUGGAUGGGAUUAAGGGGAGUGCGAAGAAAGGGAUCCGUGCAUUGGAGAGAUUAAAGGUUGUAUGGCGGUAUCCUGGUACCCAGAGCGUCCCGGCAGAUGCCACUGUAUCUGGACGGACUAUUAAUGAACCGAAGCCUGGGGAACCUAUUUGUGAAAGUCAUCCUGCGGAUUGGAGGGGACAGUCUUCUAAGCAGCACCAUCGGAGCCACGAUGGGGAUUUACCUGAUGGGACACCCCUGGAAGAGAAUCAGCCUCCAGUACAAGAGCAUGCUCCAGCUGCGACGGGGACGGAUACUACGACUGCGGUUCCGACUAUAGUAUCUGUGCAUGGAGAGGAGACGUCUGUACAGGAGCUGGAGAGGCAACUGGGAUUGCGGUUGCAGACGGAUGCCAGUAAAGACGUGAGUGUGGCUGGGACCGAUGAUGAAGGCCAAGGGCGAUCCGUGACAGACGAUGAGGGAAAAGGACGAAAGGUCAAGGUUAACAGAGAUGCGGAUGGUGUGCAGUCUUUUUUCAACGAGACAAAAGAUUGA